AUGUCGUCGAAGAUCCAGUUCCGGUUCCAGUCGUCCAAGGCCUUCGACGCCAUCACCUUCAGCGGGCUCAUGAUCAAGCUGCUCGAGCUGAAGCGCGCCAUCGUGGAGAAGCUCAAGCUCGACCGCGCCCACAUGGACUUCGACCUCGCGGUGAGCAACGCGCAGACGAAAGAAGCGUACGGCGACGACAACAUGAUGGUACCCAAGAACACGUCCGUCGUCGUGCGGCGCGUGCCCGCGACGGGC